UUAAGACAUGCGAGUACCAAUAGAUUUAUGGUUUGGCUAUGAAUCAAGUGAUAAUAACUCCUAGGAUAUAAAUAGUGUGGAAAUUUUCCACGACCAUUGAACCCUUAGAUUUAGUGAAUGGUUUUUGGUAAGACAUAACAUCCACGCGUCCGUUGGGGGUCUUAUCGGAGAUGGGUGCUUAAGUAUACAUAUGUAAACGAUUGUCGAACCGGAUGAUAAGGGCGCAAUUGCCCGAUUGAUUAUCCCAAAACAUAAGCCAUUUGUGGCCUUAACACACCUGCUUCGCGUGGUUCCGGCAGUCCGAGUUCCACCACCGAAGCAGCAACCUGCUGCUGACCAUUCGAGCGAAACCGAAAGGGAAGAUAAUCGUACGAUGAGGGACGAAAGUGAGGAUUCCUGCUGCCUGCCCUUCAAGGAGGAGUUCCAGCGCUCCAAGUUCUCGCUUCAUCACGACGAUCCCGGUGUCUUUUGUCGGUCUCAAUGGCAGCACGGAGAUCGAAGUAUUCUCUGGGUUCUGUACCGCUGGCUCCUCGUUGCUUUCUAUGCUACUGGGGUGAUUAUGAGUUUCAUAAAGGUCUUUAACGAAGGCACUUGGUUUAUCUAUCUCACGCAUUGGGGCUUCAGUCUGUGCCUUUAUGUAUGCAUCUAUGGCGCUGUGGUGGCCACCAUUUACUUCAUCAGACCCUCGUAUUUCGGUGAGAAUCUUAAUCCAUUGAAGAUUUCCCUUAUGAAAACGACAAGGGACUCCACUUGCAGCUCCUGGCAGCGUGGCGCUGAAGAUCUAUUGGCUUUCCCAUUUCACAACUGUGACGCUGUCGAUGUUGAUAACGCUUAUUUAUUGGGCAGCGCUCUAUCCAUGUCAGUAGAUCUUCUGAAAAGGUUACAGAAUUCUGUAUCAUCAUUGUAUCAUCCCGUAGCCAUGCCAGAAGUCGGUGCAGAUUUGAACAAUCUCUGGGAGCACGCCUUCAACUCGAUUUUCAUGGUCCUGGACUGCUUCAUCCUUGCCUUUCCCGCGCACAUCAUGCACUUUAUAUAUCCCUUUGCGGUGAUCAUCACAUUUGGAAUUUUCUCGCUGAUCUACCACUGGUGCGACGGACAUGACUUUGAUGGCAAUCCCUUCAUCUAUCCCAUCUUGGACUGGGCUAGACCAGGCCUGGCCAUUGGUACGAUUUGUGGCUGUAUCGUGCUGGUGAGCUUCUUCUGCAUUUGUGUCUUUGGGUUCUACAGACUCCGUUUGUGCAUCUACAACCGAUGUUCGAGGAAGCAGAAAAGAGUGCAAAUUGCUUGAUUUUGAAUAAAGGAUAGCGGAUAUAUAUUCUAGAUAUUUUAAUGGG